AUGGCUUCAGCUAGUUCAUCUUCUGCUACCUCAAUAUCUGCUAAUAUUAGUUCUAUUCCUAUGCUUAAUGAGACCAAUUUCAAGGAUCGGGAAAGGAACUUACUUAUAGUUCUGGGAUGUAUGGAUUUAGAUCAUGCACUAAGGAAUGAACAACCUGCACAUCUUAUUAAGGAAAGUUCCCAUGAUGAUAAAAGGGAAUUUGAGAGGUGGGAUCGUUCAAAUCGCAUGAGUCUAAUGAUUAUGAAACACAGCAUUCCAGAAGCCUUUUGGGGCACCGAAUCCGAAGGGGUUACUAUGGCUAAGAAUUUCCUUGAACAAAUUGAGGAACGUUUUGCUAAAAACGAUAAGGUUGAAAUGACAACACUUCUUGGUUCUUUAAUGAACAUGAAGUAUAAGGGUCAAGGAAAUGUAAGGGAGUAUAUUAUGAAAAUGCAUCAUAUUGUCUCAAGAUUAAGGACACUUAAGAUUGAGCUUUCAGAUGAUGUACUUAGGAAGAAAGGUUGA